AUGCUUCGAUUCACUAACGUCGAUCAUAAACCAACACGACUUCCACCUGUCUAUGGAUAUCGCACUCAUCCGCUUCUUCCACUUCGACAAGCUCUUGAUCCUAUUGUCUCUAAAAUAGAUCAAUUAGAUGAAUUUAUUAAAAUUGCAAAGAGUGAAUGCCAUUUUCCUUCAGAACAUGGUCUUACUCGUGAAGAAUCAGCGUCAAUUUAUCUAUAUACUAUGGAUUGGGGUGAACAAAGUCUCUAUCGAAUACUCAAUGGAGUUCUUCGUGAGAAAGAUCGAUCUGUAUUAAUACCAUGGCAUGGUUAUCUCAGAUUAUUUGAUACUGCAUUAAAAAAACUACCUAGUCUUCAAAUCAACUUAUGGCGUGGUAUCAAUGGUGACGUUAGUCAAAAUUACAAAGAAAACGAUGAGCUAACUUGGUGGUGUUUUAGCUCGUGUUCAUCUUCAAUUAAAGUCGUCAAACAGUUUCUUGGAUCCAUAUCAACAUUGUUCAUGAUUGAAGUAAAGAAUGGAAAAGCUAUAUCAAUAUAUAGCAAUUUUCCAGAAGAAAAUGAAGUUAUUAUUCCACUGGGUACUCGACUUCGUGUUGUCAGUGAUGCAUUAGAUCAUACGUCAUUAAAUGUGAUACACUUGCGCGAAUUGGUCGAUGAAAAUGAUCAAGAAUUAACAUCAUCCUUUGCAAAUAUGGGUGUCACUACAUCAAUCAAACCUCAAAUGGAUUACAAAGAAGCAUUGCCAAAUAACGAAUCCUCAACAUUUAAAAUCUGGACUGACAAAAAUGGAAACAAAUAUGAAGGAGCAUGGAAGAACGGAAAAAAACACGGAAAAGGCACGUAUUACUAUGCCAAUGGGGAGAAGUAUACAGGUGAUUGGAUCGACGACAAGAAAGCGGGUCAAGGUGUUUAUACUUGGCCAAAUGGUGAUCGAUACGAGAAGGAGUAUUCACAAAUGUCCUCGACUGAUCUAUUGUAA